UUUAUGUAAUAAGCAUGUUAUUUUUAUAGUAUUUUUAAGACAUAAACAUUUGCGCACGUAUAUCUUUCCGCACAAAUUCGUAUAUAUCCUCAAAUUGUCACUUGUCACUUAUUUCUUUGUAUCGUUCUCGUUAUGUGACCACAUCCCAACUGGCUGAUCAAAACAACUCUGCAGCUAUACAUUCAUUAAUAAUGCAUUGUCCAAAUGUCCAGCAAACGUUAAUUUUUUUCUCUUUUUAUGCGAAAUUUUCAACAGCUUGACUCAUUUCGUCUUUUUAUGCGAACAUGGAACAUUUUUUUCUUCUGCUCGGUUUCAACUCUUCAUCUGCAAAGUCUUCGGCAGCAUAAGCGAAAAAAAAGUACAAAACGAUGUGAAAAAGUACAGUUCUACCAGUCAGUAAACUUCAAAUGUCCAUCGUACCAUUAUAAUUUAUACAUCAUACCCUUCGUUGAAGGAACAUUUUAACAAGACUAUAAUAACACAUGUUCGUUCUGGUUGCUAUAAUAUUUACGACGGUGCAAUAUACCGCAGAAUUUCGUUCGAAGCAUGCGUAGUAGUAAUGUUCAGAAAAUGGGGAUGAUAUCGUUGACAAAGAGAAACCAGUAAUCUUUUACCAAUGGAUCGUUCAAGCGAAUAUAAUGAUUUAGAAUGGGCUAUCGGUCUGAAUCGUCGCAUGUUGAAAAUUGUCGGUUUGUGGCCGGAAGAAAGUAAAAAUCAUCGCGAAGAAUUAUUAUCGAAGCUUCGAUUUCUAGUAAACGUCAUGACUCUGAUUUUCAUAUUGAUUAUACCGGCUUUAGUAUCAUUGAUAAGAGUAUGGGGUGAUAUGAUACUGAUGAUAGAUAAUUUACAAUUCACCCUGCCACUUUUGAUAACGGCACUAAAAGUCUUCAUCAUGUGGUACAAGAAAGGAGCUUUAUCGCCAUUGAUUAAUAUGAUUGUGAAAGAUUGGAUGAGAAUAAAAAUAGAAGAAGAACGAAACAUCAUGCUAAAACAAGCCAGGAUCAUCCGCCUGCUUGCUAUGUGUGGAGUGCUCAUGAUAAUUUCUACAAUACUGAUUUCCAUCUGCUGUUUUCUUUUCGGAUGGACACUUAGACAUGUAACGAAUCUCACCGAUCCAAUGGGAAAACCUUUAUCAAUUCAAUCAUAUUAUCUGCACGAUGUAUCUAGCAGUCCAAACUACGAACUAACGUAUGCCAUACAAGUAAUUGGGCAGUCUGUAUCCGGUCUGACUUACACCGCAGUCGAUAACUUUCUUGGACUACUGGUUUUACACAUAUGCGGUCAGAUGGAAAAUCUGCAUCUGCGACUACUCAAUCUGGGGAAGGAUUCGAAAUUCAAAGCAGUUUUAAAGUACAACAUCAUAGACCAUAUCCGCUUGAUCAGAUCUAUAGAAAUCAUUGAUGAUACAUUUAAUUUAAUGCUGCUCGGAUUAUUAUUUUUAUUUGGGAUACUAUUUUGUCUUCAUGGAUUUCUAAUAAUUAAUGUUGUUAAUCGAGGUGGUCACUUGCCAAUCGGGCAAUUGAGUUUCUAUGUCGCUGCGACUCUAUGUGUUUUAAUGCACAUGUGUCUUUAUUGUGCAGUUGGAGAAUUUCUCGUGACUCAAUCUGAAAGAAUACAUUGGGCCACGUAUGAGUACAUGUGGUACACAUUAAAUCCAAAGGUAGCAAGAAACUUAAUAUUAAUUAUGCUCCGUUCAAAGAAAUCACUCAAUAUAACGGCGGGAAAAAUAUUUCCGAUGACAAUGGCUAUGUUUUGCAACUUACUAAAAACGUCGGCAGGCUAUGUAUCUGUGUUGCUUGCCCAUCGAAAUUAAGAAUGAUAGAUCUAGAAGAUAAAUUAAUACGUACUAAUACAUGCCAUUAAAAAUAAAAUAUUUAUAUAAAUAUGUUAUAGAGAAAUGUUAUAACAAAUAUUGAAAACUGUAGCACUGACAAUGUA